AUGUCUCCAAGUCUCGCGGAGGAACUCUCAUCCACACCCAAAAUCGUCCAAAAUUGGAUUGACGGUGCGCCUGUCUCUGCUGCAGCGUCUACCAGCAGCUUGGAAGAAGUUACCUGUCCAGCAACGGGGAAAAUUAUUGCUAUGGUACCUGUCUCGAGCGUUGACGAUGUGAAUCAAGCUGUAUCAGCUGCAAAGAAGGCAUUCGUGUCAUGGAGUGCAAGAACUGUCAAAGAUCGAGUACAGAUUCUGAUGCGUUAUCACCAGCUGGUCAUCAAGCACGCUGAUGAGCUGGCCGAUCUGAUUGUAUUGGAGCAUGGAAAGAACAAGCUUGAAGCUUUACAGGAACUUUCAAAGGCCAACGAGACUGUCGAAUACAGUAUAUCUCUUCCUCAGCUUAUGCAAGGAAAGAUCUUGGAAGUUUCGCGAGGUGUCUUUUGUGAAGAUAGAAGGUCUCCGUUGGGCGUCGUCGUGUCAAUCGUACCAUUCAACUUUCCUGCGAUGGUGCCUCAUUGGACUAUGCCUAUUGCAAUCGCAACAGGCAACACAUUUAUCUUGAAGACAAGUGAAAAGGUCCCACUCACCAUGUGUAGAUGUGCAGAGCUUUUGAAGGAAGCUGGUUUGCCAGAUGGUGUUUUCAACGUUGUUCAUGGAACAGCUGAAACCGUCACAGCAUUGAUUGACCACAAAGAUGUGGUUGGAGUCACCUUUGUUGGAUCAACUCCCGUCGCUGAAAUCGUCGCAAAGCGAGCUCGUGCCUUAAACAAACGUGUACUCGCUCUCGGUGGCGCAAAGAAUCAUCUUGUUGCUGCUCCUGAUUGCAACAUUGAAAUGACUUCGUCGGAUGUCGUCGCAAGCUAUACAGGAUGCACCGGUCAACGAUGCAUGGCUGCCUCAGUCCUACUAACAUUGGGACCAGCACAACCCCUACUAGACAAGAUCAUUGAAAAGUCGAAAGCCAUCCAACCUGGCCAAACAAAUGGAAAACUCGGUCCCGUCAUUGACAAGAUUUCACAAGCAAAGAUCCUGAAAUAUAUAAAUGAAGCUGAAGCUGGAGGAGCAAAGAUCGUGCUGGAUGGACGUGGUUGGAGUACAUCACAACAGGAAGGAAACUGGGUUGGACCAACAAUAGUAAUUCACUCCAGCAAGGCUGACCGUCUAUUGCAUGAAGAGGCGUUUGGUCCAGUCCUCUCGAUAUAUCAAUGUGAAUCAAAGGAAGAAGCCAUUGAAAUUGAGAAUGGCAAUCCAUAUGGCAACGCCGCAUGUAUUUAUACCGAAAAUGGAGGUGUGGCUAGCUGGUUUAAUGCUCACUUCUCAGCCGGAAUGUUGGGUGUGAACAUUGGCGUACCUGUUCCUCGAGAACCAUUCUCCUUUGGUGGUUGGAAUCGCAGUAAGUUUGGAGACAUGGACAUCACUGGUGAUGGUGGAAUUGAGUUCUUUACAAAUCGAAAGAAGGUCACCACUAAAUGGGCUCCUCCACCUGAAGCCUCUUGGAUGUCAUAA